UAAUUCACUUUGUUGGUGGGGGUUCGAUUUCAUACAUCAAUUUUUUUUGGAAUAAAAAACUACCAUAUUCACUUCCUCUAUUCCUAUAAAGAAGAGAGAAAGUUGGUGAGAGACAUAUCAAACCCUAGAUAAGGCUAUAAGGUGUUUUUGAAUUGUGAGAUUGAGGAUCAAGAAUGGGAGGUGGUGGGAAUAUGUCUAACCCAACAACUAAAAUAGAACUUAAGAAAAAUCCUCUACAAAGAAUGCCAACUUCGAAGCCUCCUUUUACAAUUGGUGAUAUCAAGAAGGCUAUCCCUCCUCACUGCUUUAAACGAUCUCUCAUCCACUCGUUUUACUAUGUUGCACGUGAUCUAUCACUAGUUUUCGCCUUCUACUACAUAGCCUCCACUUACUUUCACCUCCUUCCAUCCCCAUAUUCUUACCUAGCAUGGAUUACAUACUGGAUUGUUCAAGGUUGUGUUUUUACUGGAAUAUGGAUGAUUUCCCAUGAAUGUGGCCACCAGGCCUUUAGUGAUUACCCGUGGGUAGAUGAUACUGUAGGUUUUAUCCUUCACUCUUCAAUUCUGGUGCCAUACUUUUCACUUAAAUAUAGUCACGGUCGUCACCAUGCACACAAUAAUUCCCUUGACGGUGAUCAAAUUUACGUGCCAAAGAUUAAAGCAGAGCUACAAUGGUUCUACAAAUACUCGAACAAUCCACUAGUACGAAUGCUCCUACUUGUCACUGCCCUCACUCUCGGCACAUUUUUGUAUUGGACCAUAAAUUUCACGGGAAAGAAUUAUGGCCGCUUUGCAUGUCACUUUGAUCCUUAUGCACCUAUAUAUAAUGAUCGUGAGAGGUUUUGGAUCUACAUUUCAGAUGCAGGUUUGAUCGCAACUACUUAUGUGUUGUAUUGCAUUGCUAUGGCACAAGGAAUAGCUUGGCUUGUAUGUAUUUAUGGGAUGCCACUCCUAUUUCAUAAUGUAUUCUUUGUUAUGGUGACUUUUUUGAACCACAAUCACCUUUCAGUGCCACAUUACGAUUCAUCUGAGUGGGAUUGGUUAAGAGGAGCUCUAGCUACCGUAGACAGAGACUAUGGCAUGCUAAAUAUGAUCUUACACAAUUUCGCAGAUACUCAUGUGUUGCAUCAUCUAUUCUCAACUAUACCACAUUACCACGCGGUGGAGGCAACCAAAGCUGUCAAGCCAUUACUAGGAGAAUACUACCAAUUUGAUGGUACUCCUAUUUAUAAAGCAUUGUGGAGGGAGUUAAGGGAGUGCAUAUAUGUAGAGAAAGAUGAAGGAUCUCACGAUAAUGGUGUUUUUUGGUUUAAAAACAAGCUCUAAAAGAUGAAUACCAAAAAAAUCUCUAGUUAGUUGAAUAAGUUAAAUGUUCAACCUUAGUUGUUUUAAGUAUUUUAAAUAAUGUUUGUUUAGAUUGUAAUUUCCUAUCACUCCAUAAUAUAUCAUUUUAGAUGGUUCACAUUCCAUCUCCUUGAUGUUC